AUGGAUAACAACAAGGCUUUCUGGAGGAUGUAAGCAGGUAUUUCUUUUUGAAUUUGCACUUAAAAUUUUCUUACAAUCGAUUACUUGGAGAUCCCUUGCGCAUGUGACAGCUGACGAUAAAUUAUGUCCGGAGGUUUCGAAACAAAAAAGUUCCCAACUCUCUUUUCCUCUAAAACUGUAGUACUCUUGCUUUUUUGUUUCCCUUGACUCCUCUCUGCUUUAGGCCGCUACAUCAUUAUAUUAUUCAUGACGUAGGCGUUGAUCCUGCUUUCCCUGUAAUUAAACUCUUGCAAAUUUCCGAUUCCUCUUUUCUCUAUGGAGUCGGGAUUGCGCAGACGGAACAGAUGCGAUGGCGGCAAUUAGUGCGGGGCAUGAGUUUCUGGAUUUUUGAAUAAUUUUUAUUUUUAUGCACUUAUUCCUGGUGCUUUAUGUUUUGUUUCAAAAAUGACCUUUCAAGUUCUAUUUUUGUUUUGAUUGACCACUACGAGUUUUGUUUCUCCUCUUUAUUGUACUUUUUUGUACUGAGAGAUCUUUCAUUUUAAUGUGGCUUUCUCUUUUUAUGAUGAAUUAUAUUCUCUUAUCAGUUUCCGGCGGCUAAUGGGAGUUAAACUGUUUUGUUAGCAAAAAACGAUAGCCCGAGUUCAGGAUAGUUUUUACUCUCUUUAGUUAUCAAAAUUAUACAUUUUAUAUCUAAAUUUUUUACUCAUGUAUAAUAUCCAGCUCCCAUUGUUACAAUGAAAUCGAAAUUUAGCGGAUAUACGGAUCCCAGCUGUUGGAUAAAAUUUCAUGAUCAAUUUGUUUCGCUUUUAUGAUGAUCUCUUUGACUUUUCCGUCCAUUUCGUCUUGUGUUUUGAAUUAAAACAAUGGGAAAUUAUGCAAAUCCCCCUUUCUCGCGAGUAUUUUUGUUCCAAAAGGCGUCAAAAUGAAGAAGUCUUCGCGAAUAUCCGCGAUACGACAUGCCAUUUACUUUGCUCCACUUUACUAUUUCCUCUUUCUUUUUAAAACUGUCAGAUUCCAUUUUUCCGACCAUAUUUUAUACAUGACCUUUAUACAAAUCCUGAGUUUGAAGGAUCUUUUAUGCCGCCUUGAAUAUAAUAGUAUAUCCUCAAGUCGUAUUUGAUAUCCCCAGUCGAAGAUGAUCUCCUUUUUCUUCAGAUUCAAGCGUCGGUAUAUGGCCAUGGAUCGGCCGGCCACGGGGUUCUUGGACUUUCUGCAUUUGCAUAAGGAAAAGGUGGGCUUGGCAUAACGAAAGGUUGUAUCCAUUUCGGGAAGAUUUGGUUUUGGGAAACGUCUGUUUUGGGCUAAUCGAAUUUAUUGAGUGUAAUUAAUUUAUUCAAUGGCCCAAAUCGCUAGCCAAAGAGUUGGAAUAACCCAAAGAUCUCAUAAAUGUCCAACAAAAGGUUUUGUUUGAUAGCCAAAUCAACCAAUUGGCUAGGUGUUUGUGGGAUCUUUGGGUUAUUCCAACUUUUUUGGCUAGCGAUUUGGGUUAUUGAAUAAAUUAAUUACACUCAGUAAAUUCGACCUACCUGUAGGGCGAAAUACUACCUGAAAUAAGGUCGUAAUUUGUUAUGUGUAUUUUUUACAGACAUUCCGACCAAAGAAACGCUUUCCCAUCGGAACAUUGAGGUAUAAUCUUCAUAAACAUGCCCAGGCCACAUUAAGUUCGGGUUUAGAUCUUCGACAAGCGGUCAGACUACCGCCGGAAGAGACUUUCGAAGAUUGGCUGGCUGUUCACAGUAAGCUUGACUUGGAUUUCAUAUUUUAUUUGGUAAAAACACAUAAAUUAUACUCAUUCUUUAGCCGUCGACUUUUUCAAUCGAAUAAAUCUCUUGUACGGAACAAUAAGUGAUGUUUGUACGCGGGAAUCAUGCCCGACCAUGUCCGGAGGCGCAAAAUACGAGUACUUGUGGCAGGAUGGACAACAAUACAAGAAGCCCACACGACUCCCAGCUCCACAAUACAUGUCGCUUUUGAUGGAUUGGAUUGAAGCCAGGAUAAAUAACGAGGAAAUAUUCCCUUCGAAUCCGAGUAAGUGACUGUAGAUACGGUACUGAUUUGAUAGGUAUUCCUUAAAUAGCUUUUUUGACACAUAAUAGGUCUAAAAUUUGUGAAUGAAGAUUGAUAUCAAGUACAAUAUAAUUGAUUGCCAUGUUUAAUAUCCAUUUGAUCUUCAGCGAUCCCUUUCCCCUCGGACUUUCGAUCAAUAUGCUCCAAGAUACUUUCACGUCUUUUCCGGGUCUUUGUUCACAUUUAUAUUCAUCAUUUCGAUCGGUUAUGUCAGAUCGGCGCCGAACCUCAUGCCAACACUUUGUACAAACACUUUUAUUAUUUUGUCACGGAACACAAUAUGAUCUCAAGAAAGGAGCUAAAUGCUUUGGUAAGUACUUUUUGACCUGUCUUUAUUAACGAUUGUUUGUUUGAAAAUAAUUUUUGGUACUUUUUUAGAAAGAUCUGACAGAAAGAUUGACUGGAGAGACGGUUAAAAAGUGA